AGAGCGACAGUGCAACUGAGCCAGACAAGAAACGAAACCGGAGCCAAGGACAAAUACAAGGACAUACAAGUAAAUAUCUCUCGCCGAUCAGAAAAGUUGUCUUCAAAAUACCGAUCGGUCACCGGUGAAAUCUCUGAUAAACUGAAAAAAUGUCAUCAACUUUCAGCGGCGAUGAAACUGCGCCCUUCUUCGGUUUCCUUGGAGCAGCUGCAGCGCUCGUUUUCUCCUGUAUGGGAGCUGCUUAUGGAACGGCGAAAAGCGGUGUGGGAGUAGCGUCGAUGGGAGUAAUGAGGCCAGAGCUUGUGAUGAAGUCAAUUGUGCCGGUUGUUAUGGCUGGAGUGUUAGGUAUUUAUGGUUUGAUUAUUGCGGUCAUUAUCAGUACCGGAAUUAACCCUAAGACCAAAUCGUAUUACCUUUUUGAUGGAUAUGCGCAUCUUUCUUCUGGUUUGGCUUGUGGUCUCGCUGGCCUUUCCGCUGGAAUGGCUAUUGGAAUUGUUGGCGAUGCUGGUGUUAGAGCAAAUGCACAACAACCAAAACUAUUUGUCGGUAUGAUCCUGAUUCUCAUCUUUGCUGAGGCAUUGGCUUUGUACGGACUGAUUGUCGGCAUCAUCCUUUCUUCCCGUGCUGGUCAAUCUAGAGCAGAAUAGAAAAGAUUGAUUUCCAGGUUCAUAAUGGAAUCAUUUUGCAUCAUUGUGCUGCCAGUUUGGUUACCGAUGCUAGUUUAGAUGCAUCUUUCCUUUUCUUUUUCCGUCACACUUUAUGUGUUCCACUGGUGAUUGUAGAUUUGGAAGCUGCUUUUUCCCUGCAUGCAAUCUAGAGAAUGUUCUCUUAAUUUUUCAGAUGCUAUAUUUUGCAAUAAUGAGGAGCAUCUUGUUGAUUGAAUGCUGAUACAAUUGUAUUAUUUUUAUUGGAAUGCAUUUAUAACCUCAGUAUAC